AGCGAGCCGCCCACCAGGAGCACAAGGAAGGGGAUCGAACUACCGGCAGCAGAGGAGCCACCGAGCACCGCCGAGUCCGCACCAGUCCACCGACCGCUCCGUGAACGAGUACCCGGGAUCUGACUCACCUGCUCCGGGGGUUUUAUCCACAGUUUCCCGCUGAUAUCCGCAGUUUGUAGAAGCCGCUUCUGCUCCAGGUUGAAGAUGAAUUCCCUGGGCAGCUCUUCCAAAUGGCCGUCUUACAACGCGCUGCCCUCCACCUUGACCUUUGUCCUGAGUGAGAGUGAGCAGACUGAGGAUGAGGCAGACGUCUUCUCGGAGGGAGAGGGAGACAGUGGCAAAGGGAAGUCCCCCUCGGCCGGGGACGGACUCACGUUCUCUGGAGGUUACCUCGAUUUCCGACCGUAUCCGGAUCAGCGGUACGCGAGGUCCAGGAGAGAAGAGUCCAAACGCUGCGCCGAUGGAAGUAUACAUCCAAGCUCCGCCUCCUCUCCUGGAGCCGCCACAUUAGGCUCAUCCUCGGCGACACCAGGGGAUCUGGCCUUCGCUCAGAAGUGCGCAGAUUUGCACAGGUUCACCCGGCCUUUGCUCGGACUCCUGCACGGACUGAAGACAGGACGAUUUGACAAAGGGUUAACCACUUUCCAGCAGAGUGUUGCCAUCGACAGAUUGCAGAGGAUUCUUGGGAUUCUGCAGAAGCCUGAUAUGGGAGAGAAAUACCUCCAGAAUCUGCUACAGAUAGAGAUGAUGUUAAAAAUCUGGUUCCCUCAGUUGGCGUUUCAAACAAUAGUUACACCGAACCCGACCAUCACGCCCCGGUAUCCACCACACUGGCGCCAAAACCAGCUCCACAUGCCAGUCAAGAAGAGAAAAAUGAGCUGGUCCGAUCCUGGAAUCCCAACCAAACACAAGCACCAUCACAAGCACAAAGAACAGUGGAGCUUCCAGACCUCGACUACACUCAACACCGUCACCACACGUCUCCCCGAACCACCUAAGAACCUGAAAUCUCCCGAGGAGGAAACAGUUGGAGCAGCCGGCUGCAGCUGCAGAGCCGGACACGAGUCCACAGACAGCAGCGGCACUUUGAGCAGGCCGUCGUACUCGUGCAGCACGAGAGAGAAUGAUAAUCGGAACCAGUCCGAGACUUCUCCACCUUCACACUGUGGCAGCCCGGCGACACAAGACAACUCGGUGUCCUCCAGUGACACCAUUACCACAAAUGACUCACAUUAGCUGGACUCAGCUGACCUUGCUACCACAUGGAGGUGCCACAACGUGCCGGCCAGAGUGACGCUACAGGGCGGACUCGAUUACAUAAGCAUUGACUUAGUGUAAUGCAAAGGCAUUACUGGCUGCCGGUCACUUAAUACCCCGGGAGGAAGGGGGGGAAAUGCAGAUGGACACUCUCCAACCUCCAACUAUCCAGUGUGGAUUUUGAUGACCCCAGAGUUGUUGAACUUUAUUAUUAGGAAAUGUGUAUUAUUUGUCUUUAAGAGAAUCGCUUUUAUAUACAUUGAAGUCAAAAGAUAUAGGGAAUACUUCACAAGUGUAAUGAGUUAAAGCAAUCUGUGCUCGGUUUUAUAUUUUAUUCAUAUCAUGGAGCUCAGCCCAAACAGUAACAGGAUAGGAUUUCAUGCCACUGGUGGAAAAACAGAAAUAGCACAUAUCACUUUAAGGACAGUGAACAAAGAGGAUCAUUGCUGGUGCAGUUUAAAGCUGUGACAGUUAAAGACAGUCGUCUAUAAAAUAUAUUAAAAAAAAAAAAAUUAAAUGAGCUUUUUCUCAUACAUCUGAUUUUAUUGCACAUAUGUUGGUAAACUGAUUAUCUAUUGGUUCUAAAUUGAACUUAUGGCACUUUUUUAUGGGCAUUUGUCUAUAUUUUGGAAUAUAUAACGGACCAAACAAUAAAACGAUGAGAGAAAAUAAUUUAUAGCUUAAUAAAUAGUCUAAAAUACAUGCAGCCCUUUUACAUACACAUAAAACAAAAUGCCAUUUGAGAAAGUUACAGGUUUUUUUCUUUCCUCUUGAUUGUAGCGUAAAUAGAAUGUAACUGCCAAACAAAAGUAGUUUGAUAUGAUAGUUCAGAAUGUUAUCAUAUCAAACAAACCACUACACAGUCGCUACCUAUUUAUAUAUUUAACAGAUGCGAUAAUCUUUGCUUCCGUGUAAAUAAGAACUGCAAAGUGCAAAAAAUCUUGCACAGGAAAAAACCACAACCUGAGUUUUGUGAGGAUGAUGUAGAAAAUGUAGUAUUUGAUAAACACGUGAGCUUUGAGUGACUUUUUCAUAGAAGAUUCAAGAGAACUAAUUUAUUUGAUCCUGUGUGAAUUAGAACUGAUGCAAUUUGACUUUGUGACCCAAUCAGGAAGUGUUGCACAUCAGAAGAGUUCCUAUUGGCAGAUUGGUUACACAAUAACCAGACGUGUGUUACACCAGAUGAGUUAUUUUUGUGUGCUUGAAUGAGGAGUUUUAUCAGCAAACUUUUCAUAUUUUGUGUUUAUUUAAUUAAAUUUUGGCACUUUGGAUGGAAUUUGAAAGGUGUGAUAAAAGUAAAAAUGUUGCCCAUUGUACACGUUAAAUGCCCCAAUUUUACUGUUACUACGCGGGUUGAGAACAGGUUCUGUGUCCCAUUAUAAAUGGAAUUGUGUCACUGAAUUGUUCUUGUGGAAUUAGUUUUAUCACUCAAAGUGCUUUAUGAUUGAUCAUUUUGUUUUAUUUAAUAAGGAAUUAUGUCAUUGAGGUAAAGAAAACUUCAUUCCUGAGAACAUCAGGUAUUUUUGAUAGUAUUUGGGUGUUGUUCCACCAUAUUUGAAAAACUGAUAUCAUUCAUGUUGAAUGGCAUUUCAUCUCUGAGUUUGUCACCAGUCAGCCUUAACGGUAACCAUGAACUUGCCUGGAGUUACAUAAACACUUCUACUCAACUUGUGUUAUGUAACUAACGAUGGUAAAAUCCUCACGUGACCUCUCAUGUCAUUGCAAACCAAAUGUACUGCUGUGUCCCUCAGGCUUCACCAUUAGUCAUUUUCAUUGGCCUGGAAUUAGGCUGUUAAAAAUCCUAAUGUUUAGCAUGUGGUAAAGAACAAUAGUUCUGUGUUGCUUUGGUCUGUAAAAUGUCAUCAUGUCCUACAGUACAGGUUUUGCUGUGCUGGGUUACACGUCUGUUUCAAACAACAUUUGUAAUAUGAGAAUUCUGAAAAUUGUUGGAAGUAAAGAUCUUAUUCCCCA